AGAAAACCCAUUGAAAGCAAAAUCUUUGUCGAGUUUUGAGAGGCGACGAUGAAUAAAGAAAAAAACAAGGAGCAGAGACUACAAGAUGUCGCACCAAGCGACUCUUUGGAGGGCAACGUGGUUGCUUUUUACAAUGUUUGCUGUGUUUUCUAGAGCUGUGGCGUUCAAAAACAUCUCAGUGCAUCACGACGAAACCGAUGAAAGCGAUAAAAUAGGAGAAUUAUUGGGGACAUCGUUCCAGGCCAAAUGGUUCACUGGCUUAUCUAACAAUAUGUUAAGUGACAUCUCAUUUGCGUGGAGGAAACAAGGCAUACGCUUUGAUCCAAUCGCCAUUAUUCAAAGUAUUUCUGACCUACUGAAGAAGGAAAGCGAGGCACAAGGAAAGCCGUUGAACGACUGUUUCUAUGAAAGCUUGACCGAUUUGGAACGAGAUCCUGACUUCAUCCAACUGCUCAAUGAGUUUAAUGAAGGAAUAAAUAAUGAAAGAAACAUCAUGACAAUAGGAUCCAAUUUGCCAGAACUUCAAAAAGAUGAUAAUCCCAUCAAAGAUGUCGGUCUUAGGGGCGAAGUAAUUACUGGCGAAAGUUCCGAUGCAGAAAACGAUUUGAUAAGAUACAGUAACUACAUCUCAGGAGCUGGAUCUACAUUUGGUGGUUUUAUGUCUGGCUUUCCAGGAGAUGCCCAAAGUUUGGUCACAGAUAUGAUGGACAGCAUGAAUUAUAAGGUCAAUGCUCUGGAAUUUAGACUGAAGCGGGACGCGAAGCUUGAGGCACUUAGAAAGCUGGAUAUGGAGAUAGUAGUUGAAAAUACCAUUGAAACUGACUCAGAUCUUCGAGCAAAGAGAGUAGGAAUGAAAGACGUCCAAGACAUAGUUGUGGACGAAUCAUUUGACAACAUCAAGAAAGUCAGCGGUGCCAGUAAUCAGCAGAAGUUGACCCAGCAGAACUUUAAUACUCAGAAGAAAAUAUCACAGAUGAAAGUAAGAGAAUCAGCGAAGAAAUAUGCAAGAAAAUUUAUGAAAAAAGUCGGCAGUGGCAUUGAGACAUCUACUACAGCAUUCACUUUUGCACAAGGAGGGGUUGAUGUAGCAGGUGGAAGUGACAUGAUCGACAAAGCUGAAGAACUAAGAAAUUCGGGAGCCAUUUCAGAGGAUGAAUAUGAUACGAUGAUGAGAAAUGGUCAGCUUCGAGUAGCUCAAGGAAGCUUUGGUCUCGCAAACGGUGUUAAGAACGUUGGUGAAUUUGUCGGUAAAAGACUCCAAAAAACUAUCGUAGAUAAAGGUUCUAAAGCUGGAUUAAAGCUCCUGAAACAAGCACAACGGUUCGCACCAGUAAUUGGUGGUAUGAUAUCCAUGGGAACAACUGCAACAUCAAUUGCCAAGAAUGCAAUCGCCGCGAAUGAUGCUAUGAUGCAAGGAAAUGCCGGCAAGGCCGCCAUGUAUGGAGUAAUGGCAGCUAUUGAUGUAAUAACUUUGAUUCUGGACGGAGCAAGCUUAGUCACAGACUUUGUAUUUCCACCGCUAUCACCAAUCAUUGACCUUGUCAGUACAGUCUUGCAAGUUGUCAACACAGUGCUUGGGUUCUUUGCUGACUUGAUAGACUUCCGAUCCACUAAACAAAGAGUGACCGACGAAUUCAAUGCUUACAUCAAUUCUGAUGCGUUUAAAAAUUACGUAGAUGACAUGGCACAGACAUACAAGAAACGAGGCUUUGAUGUAUUUACUUACAUUGUAGAUGCAGAAGUGGCAGGUAUCGAAGCUGACACCAAAACCCUGCGAGAAGUCUCCAAGAAUAUCAACAAGUGCCUCACUGAUAAAGCCAAAGAGGAUUUCAAUAAUCCACAACAUCGCAUAGCAUUGCUAGAUGCAACGUCUUUCGGCAAAACUUUAAAAGGAAGACUUAAUAAUGAUGAAAUUAUAGCCGGUUUUGGUCCAGAUGAAAUCUUUGGCGACGAAGGCGAUGACAUGCUGUUUGGACGAGGAGGAGAUGAUACCAUUUAUGGUGGUCCAGGAAAUGAUUACCUCAACGGUGGAACAGGACGAGAUGUUCUUCUAGGUGGAACAGGUGAUGACAUGAUUAACUGUGAGCCUGCUGUUGAUUUGAAAUGUGAAGGAGGUGAGGGGGACGAUACCUUAGAGUUAUCUGGCGAAUCUUUGAUCUACGACGACAAAUACUGGAAAGCCCCGUAUAUAACAAUGGGCAAGCAAUGGGAAAUGAAUCCUUCAAAAGUCUCAGCAGUUAAGGGGAUUUAUCUUGAUAUGAGACAUGCAAAAGGAGACACAAAGCAGGGAUUAUCGGGGAUCAGUUUGGGAUCCCUCUUUCAAGGUUGGCCUGAUGGAUUUGAUGAGUCCAUUCAUAAAGCAGCAAUACCGCAAAAUUCAGAGCUCCACUCUCUGUUUAGUCAAUUUUACGUCUUUUUGCCGUUUGUACCUCUUGACAACUGGAGGGAGAAACUAAGAAAUAAACAGAUGUGGUUCUUAGCUGAUAGUGAUAUGGCAAAGAUUUUCUUUGAUGGAAGUUCCAUGUAUGUAGCUUAUGGCAGUGGCAAAGACACCAUGUUGGUGAGUGAUUACCAAAAUGUACUCCAAAAUCUGGACACAUCAUUUGCUGUUUAUAAGAAGGAUCGUCUACAGUACACAGACGGUGAAAAGAUUAAGGCUCUUUUGACAUUUGCUUUUAAAAGAAGCUUUUUAUCUGACAAGUUUGAAAAAGUAGCUGGCUCACCACCUGCUGAUCUCCUAAGCCCAUCAAAUUACAUCCCUACAACUAUCAUCGGUGAUAACGAACAUAACGUAAUUGACUUGUCUUAUGGUCUUGGUGACGUAGUUUACACUAAUAAAGGAGACAACGUUGUUUCUGUUGGAACGACUAUGCCAGAACAUCAAGUGAAGGUUGACGGAUUUCCUGACGGGGGAUUUAAAUGGGCUAAAUACAUCGUAGGAGGUAGUGGAGAGAAUACACUGAUAGUACAGUUCAUGAAAACUCCAGAGUCGUGUCCGGGGGGACUACAACAGUUUUAUCAGAACUGGGCUCUUCUAGACUUAGAUGUGAAAUUGAACAGUGAAAAAAAUGUCGGCAUUAUGGAACCACAUCUCAUUUACGCAAAGAACAUAAAAACAGUGGAAGUUCAUCGUCCACCCAGUGGCUGUCAUAGUUUAGUGUCUUUUAGUGCUAAAUAUUAUAGUGGGGCGAGUCGUUUUAUACUUGACGAGACGAGCCUUUUCGAAGGUCCUGACGAAAGUGAAAGGGACGUAAUAGUCUUGUUGAGAAGUCUGAAGAAAACCUACAAAAUAACUUUUGGUGUUGACGUAAUGAACACUAUUUCGUUUAAAUAUUACAGCGAUUCAGAAUACAAAGUUACCAAAAUAGAAAUUGGCACCGGUUCUGGUUCAGAUUUCGGUGGAAUAUACACGUCGGAAGGACCUGGUAUAAUAAUGGAAAACGCUAGAAAUGUUAUCGGUACGCCAUCGUGCAAGGAAAUCAUUGGCAAUGACAAGGCAAACCUUCUGAUGGCUGUUGGAGGAGAAACUACCAUUGAUGCCAAAGAUGGAGAUGAUACUUUGGUGAGUGGACGUGGUAGACACAUCUUGAACGGUGGAAAAGGUGCAGACACGUACGUUAUUCAUGGCCCUCAGGUGAAGGACGUUUUAACGAUUUCUGUUAUAAUGGGAGAUGACGGUGAGACCAUCAGAUGUAGAACAACCAUAUUUGGCGAAUGGAAACCAUCAGAGAAACGACUUGAGAUCGACCUCUUACAAGAUGACCAUGGCGACAUUGUCUUGGCUUCUGUUGAAGUCAUCACAGCCGAAGGUGACGAAAACAAAAACUUAGGCUCUUUAAAAAUUGAUAACACCAAAAGAAAACUUAUCUUUGAGCCCGGUAAUAACUUUAAUGACUUGGAGAGAAACAGGGCUAAAGUUAUUCGAGUAUCUUUCACAACAAAAGGAAGCACUGCCACAAUAAAGGAAGAUGAUUAUGGAAAUGUCUUAAGAUUUGAGACCAUAGAAAGCUUCGACGAGUUGAAGGUCACUAUUAAAAAUGAUGAACUGGUCUUCAAGGAUAGCUCCGAUAACAUUGUCUUUAUUGAUCAAAACUGGAAAAGGCUUGAACACAAAACCAAUUUACUCGACCAUAUACUAGAUUUUGGCCAGCGUUUUCCAGCGAUUCUCUUUAGAAAAAGUGAUGGUGAAUUCGAGCGGAAGUCGACGAAGGAAACAGUGCAAUUCAUUUAUGAGCAACUCAGACACAUUGAAAGUGAGCUUGGACAAGAUUACGACUCGUACAUUGAUUCAACUGAACUCUCGUCUGAUAUGGGCAAUGAAAUUUAUGUUGGAAAUGGUGAAAAUAUUGUCUUGGCCAAAACAAAAGGCAAAACCUACAGACUUGGGGAAAUGUCCUCAAAAAGUAUCAUCUUUGCUAACAAUUUUGUUGAAGGAUCAGGAAAAGUGAUCGUUAAAGUUGCUGACAGGUUCUCUUUAGUACGAAUCAACACAGUAGUUGUUGGAGUUGGAUCUGGAGAAGUAGUUGAACUUCAAAGGAUGCAUCACAACAUCAUCAUUACUGGUGUUAAUCCAGACGAAGUACACUUCUACAAAUGUGGUAGUGCCAACAUGAAUAGACGUAUUUGUGCCAAAGAUUCAAAACAGCAAGAGUUCCUAAUAUUAAAUGGAGGAUACUGUCAAAAGCUGAUCUUUAAGAAAGCCGAGAAAGUAACGAUUAUCAUGAACUGUGACAUCUACUUGGACACCAAAACCGACAAAGAUGGUCGCCUACCAUCCUGGCCCAUUAUUGUCUCAUAUGGAGCGAAGAAGGAAUACAAACUGACCUUGCCAAUCAAAAGAGAUGAAUCACGUGUCGAUAUAUGGCCUCAUCCUGACGGGAACGUCAUAAGAGUCUAUUUCAAGAAUAAAAGACCUUGGCCAGAUGCAUACUGGAGUCUUUCAUAUUUGGCAAUCCCAACAGAAACUCCAAUGCCAAAGGAAAUCGAUACAAGAAUGCUGGUCAACGCAAUGAAAAGCAGGUUCAAGGGAGGCAUCGAAUUUUCUGAUAAAGAGCACAUUAACAAAGAUGGGAUCUGCCAGUUAAUUGUUGAUCUCCUGAAAAAACAUCCACCGUCAAAAUUCACCCUGACCAAUCAGAACCUAGAGUGUCAAAAAAGCGAGAACGAAAACGAGUGAAAAUAAAGCAAAGUCAGUUAAAAGUGCACGCAAAUACAGUGCAUUUUCAACCUUGUCAUAUAGAGUAGAAAUAUAUAUAAACCCGAGCAAA